CGUGUUGGAUAGAAAAAGUUUCGGGAAGAGCAGGAGGGAGGGGACUGAGGAUUGGAAGUGUAGCAAUCCGACAGCGAGCAUGACCGACGCGGAGGCGCAGAGCGCUCCACCAUCGGCACCGGUGGAAGAAAAGCCACAGCCGGAGAGAAAAAUCAUAGCCACCUUGGUCCAAGGCACAGUGAAAUGGUUCAACGUGCGUAAUGGAUAUGGCUUCAUUAACAGGAAUGAUACUAAAGAAGAUGUGUUUGUUCAUCAGACUGCUAUCAAGAAGAACAACCCUAGGAAAUUCCUCCGCAGUGUGGGAGACGGGGAGGUUGUAGAGUUUGACGUGAUUGAGGCAGCCAAGGGCUCGGAAGCAGCCAAUGUGACUGGCCCAGGUGGCGUUCCAGUCAAAGGGAGCCGCUACGCACCCAACAAACGCCGCUUCCGUCGACGGUUCUUCCCUCGCAGCCCUCGACCUGGUGACCAGAGCAAACCAGCUGAUGGCAAUGCCCCCGCCGUUGAGGGCGAGGGAGCGGGAAAAACUGAUAUAGCAAGACCUCAGCAGCGCCGCCGCAGACCCCAAAGACCACGUCAGGAGGCACAAGAUGGUGAGUCUGGAGAGCAAAAGAACGGAGUAGCAGAGGACGACCAAACGCAGCGACCACCACGGCGUAGAUUCUGGAGUACAUACCGCAGACCGUUCCGACCUCGCCCUCGUUCUGAUCAGGCUGCGGACAGCGAGCAGGCAGCUGCACCAGAGCAGAGCCAGGAGCAAGGUGAGGUGAAGCAGACAGGGGCCUAUGAGGGCCCACAGACCAAUGGAGAAGCAGCACAGGGCCAAGGCCAGAAACAACGGCGCCAGCCUAGACGGCGCAGGCAAAGGAACUCAGAGUCGUCUGCCUCAAAAAAUGAUACAGAGAAGUCAGCAUCAGAGCCUGGUACCCCCCCUCAGAAUUCAAAACCAGCUGAUCUGAAAUCCACAUCGAAAUCACCGAAGGCCUCUCCUAAAACCUCCCCUAAAACACCCAAAUCUCCUGAGCAGGCAGCUGCCACAACAGUCCCAGCACCAACAGAGUGACGUCAGUGAGAGGACAGUCGUGUGACCCUUGGCAAGAGGUCCUAGGGUUGGAGGACUGGACCGGUUUCAAAACACAUGCACUGCUCUCCCCUCCCUGCACUCCCCCAUCCUCCAGCCCACCUCGUCUCGCUGUCAUCCCCUCAGGCCCCUUCCCUCCCCACUCCCUCAUCUUGUCUUGUGUUGUCCUGUCUAGACACUGACAUUUGGAGAGGGACACGGGGUAGGGAAAAACGGGAUACAGGUGGGUGGUGGGUGCAUAUUUAGAAAAUUACAGUACAUCUUAAAAAAAAAAAAAAAAAAAGAAAAGAGAAUGGACACUCUGCUUGGUAGCCCAGUUAUUCCAAC